CAAGCAAACUUCUCUCUUCUCCUCUCUUGUGCUUGGGAAGAAGAAGAAGAAGAAGAAGAAGAAGAAGACGACAAUGGCAGUAGCCUCAGCCCCCUCCAUGGCCAGCCAACUGAAGUCGACGAACCUUCUCUGUUCCAGCACGAGCAGACCCCUCGUGAACCCCAAGGGCAUCUCAGGACCAUCACUCACCAGGAAGAGGCUGUGCCUCACUGUUAGAGCCAUCCAGGCGGAGAAGCCAACGUAUCAAGUGAUUCAACCCAUCAACGGCGACCCGUUCAUCGGCAGCCUGGAGACGCCGAUCACUUCGAGUCCACUGGUUGCCUGGUACCUUUCCAACCUGCCGGCCUACCGCACCGCCGUCAGCCCGCUCCUCCGCGGCAUCGAGGUCGGCCUCGCGCAUGGGUACCUCCUCGUCGGGCCCUUCGUGAAGACGGGCCCGCUCCGUAACACCGAGGUGGCUGGCGCCGCCGGAUCCCUGGCCGCCGCCGGUCUCGUCGUCAUCCUCACCGUCUGCCUCACCAUGUACGGGGUGGCGUCGUUCAACGAGGGGGAACCGUCGACGGCGCCGACGCUGACGCUGACGGGGCGGAAGAAGGAAGCGGACAAGCUGCAGACGGCGGAGGGCUGGUCGCAGUUCUCGGGUGGGUUUUUCUUCGGGGGGAUCUCCGGCGUGCUCUGGGCUUACUUCCUCCUCUACUUCCUCGACCUCCCUUACUACAUUAAAUAGAUCUUUCUUCUUCAGUGUACCUGGUCAAUUGGGAAUGUGAGAGACGUUCUGGGCUUCGAUUUGUAUAUUUGACUUCAAAUGGUUCAUAUCAGUUGUUUAA